GAAAACCGAUUCGUAGUGCAAAUUUCCUAUACAUUAUUUUUAAUAUAAGCAGUAUAUUUUGAUUAAAAAGUAACGCAGAAUGACGAUGUUUGAGCUAACAAAAUUUCCUGAAGUCUGUCGAGUGUGCAUGCAACCAGAAAUGAAUAUUUCGAUGCAACCGUUGAGCAGAAAUUUUCACAACUUGGAAUUAACAGUCAUCGAAUUCCUAAACGAAAUUACAUAUAAUGUACCAGAGAAUAAAAACAAAUUAUUACCCAAGACCAUCUGUCCCCUAUGCCUGAAAGUGCUACAAGAUUUUGCAAUCUAUCGCAACAGGUUAAUACUCACGCAGCGCUUUAUGGAAGCGUUAAUAGAUCUCCGAGCAUCCAAUACAGAACCCCUUGCAGAUUUAUUUCAAACUAACAAACAAGAAUUGACUGAACUUUUUAAGGAACUGGGUCUUUGUAGCAAAGAAGAGCCUGUAGUUGAAGACUUACUUGCGGAGUUUCAACUAUACGGAUUUGCUAGUCGCGCAGAUGAAGGGAAAGUUAAAGUGGAAUUUAAUGAGGUUGUAGUCGAUGACCAGUGUACGAAUAUGUAUAACGACGAAAAUAUAGAUAUCAAGUAUAGUGACGCAGAUGUGAGUGAUCACAAAAGUAGCGAAGAUAGCGACUGGAAUCCGAAGGACGAAGUAGUUUAUGCGGAAUCAUUAGACGAAAGUGAUUCGACCAGAAGAAACCGCGAAAGUACAAAAUGUAAUAGAAAAUUGGAUUCUUUAGCAGCUAGAAAGAAGGUUAGAAUGAGGUCUGGUUCUCAUUCCGAAGAGGGUUGCAGUCCACGGAAACGAGGUCGACCAAGAAAGCAUCCAGAUGGUUCAUUUUUGAAAGAUCAUUGGUCUUGUGAUAAAUGUAAAUUUAAAACAAAAUACCGGGUCGCUGUCGAAAGACACAAAGCGGUACACGUCAAACGCGAAAAUCGAACCUAUCCUUGUACAGAGUGCGACCAGGUUUUCAAGACUUACGACGAAAUGAGAAGUCACAGUUUGAGCCAUCCGGAGAACCAGGUGGUCUGUGAAGUAUGCGGGACAGCGCUGAAAAAUGCUUACUCACUCAAGGCUCACAUGGAACGCCACGAAGAUAGCAGGAAAUAUUCUUGCGAGUACUGCGAUUACGCAUCUAACACGAAACUGGCCCUUAAAGCGCACAUGAGCAUACAUACAAAGAGCAACUGGAACAAACGCUGUGAUGUUUGUGGAGUGAUGUUCAGAACGUCCAGUCGUUUGAAGCGUCACAUGGAGAGUCAUGAUAACGAACGGAAAUAUGCUUGCGAGCAGUGUCCGGUACGAUUCAACACUACAAACGCUCUGCGGAAUCAUUAUAUACGAGUUCACCUAGCGAUUCGACAUGCCUGUGACCAUUGUGACAAAAGUUUCGACCAGAAAAUUGCUUUGAGAGAUCACAUCGAACGAGUCCACCACAUACAAUGUAAUUUCAUCUGCGACAUUUGCGUCAUGACUUUCGACAGCCAACAAAAACUUGAAUUGCACAAACAACGCCAUAUCAAUCCUAAACCUAUGGAAUGCAACAUCUGUCUGACUUUGCAUCUGAACCAGGACGAAUUUGAUAAACACCUAUGCAUUAGUUACCGGCAAGACUACCUGUGCUGCAACAAGGACCUUCGCAAUUACAUCCAAUACAAUAAGCAUAUGAUGGUUAAGCACGAUCAGAAGACGAACGCCCGCGUGAAACCAAUACCAGGAAUGUUAUUAGGACAACUGCGAGGGGCUCGGAAGCGACUGGAGCAGUGUCGCAAGUGUGAUAUUGCUUUCCCAUCAAGAGCUCUCAAAUUACAACAUUUGGCUAUGUGCAGUCUAGGGCAGCAGCAGCAGCAAUCGGCAGGACCGUCAUCUGGUGGAAGUCUAGAUGCGAGCGCAUGCUUUUAGAAAACAGUAAAUUUGGCUGACGGAAUAUUAGAUUCUAAUCGAAGACUACAUAUUAAGAAGACAUAUCUCUUUCAUUCCCCCAUACAAACGAGAAGCGACAGAGGUUACAGCGCCUCUAUUGGAGGAAGGUAGGAAGUUUAAUGUAAAAGUGUAUAUGUCUGUGUGCAUCACAUGCGAAGUUUACCCGCAAGUGGCGUUGCUGUUACUGUCUCCAUAUUUUGGACAGAGUUGCCAGUCUUCUUGAUAUGCAGUCUUCGUACUAAUGCAAGUUUUCAUAGUAUACAGAAUCGUGAGUACUAAUUAUAACUGUCUGUCGUUCUAUAUUUAAAUAUACUUAUUAAAAUUAA